UUUUCAGACUCGACGUUUGACGGCGCUAGUUUACAUUGCAUAAUGGAUUAAUGUUAAUCUGCAUAUGUUUGAGGUGGUUGUAUUAGCCGCGUGUGCUUGACGUGCGUUGUUGCCGGUGAAAACUUUGGAUUUGUGCGGCAGCGUCUCUUGCCGUCAAAGAUUUUGCUUUGUGCUGUUCUUGCUCUCCAAAAGACGCAAUGUCCGAUUCGGAGUCGGUCGACACCGACGAAGAGUUGCAAGACAAACUUGCAAAGGGGGAAUUGAAGCCCGGACUGUAUGCCAUUGCUCCACAUGUCAAGAAGGAGUUUGUCAACAACACAGCAGCGCUGAAGCAGAAGCUUGCCGAAAUGGAGCUCGACCUGGAGUGGGUCGAGACCCUCACCAUGGUUAAUGGCUUGGCACCUCUGACGCCUGAGCUGUCUGAACAGUUUGGCGACAUGGAGCUGAAAAAGAACCGCAAGGGUGACGUGGUCAGGGGUGCCGCUGAGGACGCGGUGCACCAUGACUUCAAACGUGAAAUGGCAUUCUAUCGGCAAGCUCAGGCAGCUGUGCUGGAGGGCAUUCCGCGCCUCCAUGAGUUGGGCGUUGUGACAAAGAGGCCCGAGGACUACUUUGCCCAGAUGGCCAAGGCGGACACACACAUGACCAAGGUGCGCGAGAAGCUGCUCUCCAAGAAGGUGGCUCUGGAGCGCUCCGAGAAGGCUCGCAAGAUGCGGGAGCUCAAGAAGUUUGGCAAAAAGGUUCAAGUGGAGGUGUUGCAGCAGCGGCAGAAAGAGAAGCGCGAGAUGAUGGAGAACUUGAAGAAGUUCAAGAAAGGCCAUGGCUCUCUGGAUUUCUUGGAGAACAGUGGGAGACAGAAAGGCCAGAAACCGGGUGCUGGUGGCAACCAGCCAGGACGAGGAAAAGGCCCCUCAAAGUCACAGAUGAAGCGGCAAUACAAGGACAAAAAGUAUGGCUACGGUGGGCAGCGCAAGCGCUCCAAGUUUAACACGGCCAGCAGCUCGGCAGAUGUGGAGGGCUUCAGUCGAAAGAAGCAUAACAUGGCACCUGGCGCUGGCAAGAAGAAGCGCCUUGGGAAGUCUAGAAGAAAAAAGAAAUGAGUGCCUUUUUUUUAUUGUUAUUAAAUGUGUAUAAUAAAGAGGGGCUGUCUACAGCUA